UUAACAGCUGAUUUCUAGUUGUCAACUGUGAAAUAAAAUAUUUGGUAAAUAUUUUCAAUAGCAAUCAUGCCAAGAAAAAGCGAAAAGGAAAAAAUUCUUAAUUAUUUGGUAGAGAAUACGGCAAAUGAUAUUCUUAAUAUAAUAGAAGUGGACGAAGAUGGUGAGGCGGUCGAUAAAAUUUUAGAUGAAUUGGAUGCGAAUGUUGAAGUAGUGCUUUCAUGCCGGCGUGGAGUUGAGCAUGAAGUCCCAAAGUCACCAGUAUGGCGAAAUGAAAUUUUAAAUAAAUUCGACGAAAACCGGUUCCGCCAAAUGCUUCGAGUAAGCAAGGAACAAUUUAACAAAAUAUUUGAGCUGAUUAAGAACGAUCCGGAAUUCAAUAAAGCACAUUCCUCCAAACAGAUUCCUGUGGACUUGCAGCUAGCAAUUGUGCUUUAUCGUCUGGGCUCAUGCGGAGAGGGUGCUGCAUUGAAAAAAAUUGCAACAUUAUUUGGUGUAGGAGAUGGUGGAACUCUAUCCAUAAUUACAAAAAGAGUUUUCAGUGCUAUACUAAGGUUAAGAGAUUCCUUCCUUUUUUGGCCAAAUGAAACAGAGCGAUCAGAAAUUGUACAUGCUACGUAUUCUGAAAUGCCAUUUUGCAUUGGCUAUGUUGAUGGUACGGAGAUAAAGCUAGCAGAAUCGCCAGUUAUCGAUCCUACAUCAUUCUUUUCUCGUAAGCACAUCUACUCUAUCAAAGCCCAAAUAGUUUGCGAUUAUAAACUAAAAAUACGACACGUAAUGGUGGGACAUGUUGGCAGUUGGCAUGAUGCGAGAGUGUACCGCAGCAGCUCACUUUUCUUGCAAAAAGAAAAAUUUUUUUCGUCACAGCAGUGGUUAGCUGGUGACUCAGCCUAUCCUUUGUCCGAAACUAUGAUAACUCCAUUCCGAAGUAAUGCUCGAGUGCUAGACAUAAAUUCUCGAAUUAAUUUCAAUUUACGUCACAGUAAAUUUCGAGUUCGAGUCGAACAUUGCUUCGGCCUAUUGAAGGAGCGGUUUUGCAGCCUUAAGGAGUUCAGAGCACGCCUUAUAGAUAAAGAAAGCCACAAUUUAUGUUGUGAUUGGUUUGUUGUGUGUUGUAUAUUGCACAACAUACUACGAGAAGAUGACAGCACAAACAACGAAUAUAUAAAUCUCGAUGAGGACACCACGUACGAGUACACUGAUGACAACGGCGAGGAAAGCGAGGAUGUACAACCAAACAGAAAAGGGGAAACUAAAAGGCUAGCAAUACAUUCAUUAAUGUUUGAAUAAAAAAAGUUAAAUUUUGGAUUACUUCGUGUAUUUCAUUUUUAUUUCAUACAUAGCUAUUCGUUCGUCUUUUUCUAUUUCUAGCCUUCUUAUUUUUUCAUCUUGCUCCAAUUUAAUUUUCUUAAGUUUUAGCUCUUCUUUUUUCAAUUCAAUUUCAGCUUUUGAUAGUUCUAGGUGCUUCUCCAACUUUUCUUUUUCAAAUAGAAGCUUUUCUUUUUCCAACUCUGUUCUGUUUUGCUGGUAAACCAUCAAACAAGCCGCUGAUGUUUUGGGAGCCUGCAUUUUCAUUUUUUUAGCCAUGGUUUUAACUGAUUGUGGAAAAUCAGCCCCAAGUGAGAGUGGUUGCUGCGAAACUGUUGGCGGUGGGACUGCUGGCGGCGAGGCUAUUGGCGGUGAUAUUGCUGAUGGCGAGGCUAUUUGCGGUGAUAUUGCUGGUGAGGAGAUUAUUAGCGGUGAUAUUGCUGAUGGCGAGGCUAUUUGCGGUGAUAUUGCUGGUGAGGAGAUUAUUAGCGGUGCUAUUGCUGAUGGCGAGGCUAUUGGCGGUGAUAUUGCUGGUGAGGAGAUUAUUAGCGGUGAUAUUGCUGGUGGGGAAAUUGUUGACGGUGAAAUUGUUGACGGCUGUGGCGCGAUAAGCAGCAAGUCAUUGCCCGUGUCGACAGCGCAGAAAUUAUUUUGCGCAUGCGACUUAGCUCCGAAAAUUUUGUUUAGCCGAUGGUAAUGGGGGCACAUUUUCUCAAUUUUUUCUGUAAAAGAUUUAAUCACUUAAGUUCCCAAAGCACUUUGAAUUUUUAUUAUUUACCUUCAAAACUGCCAACGCCCACAUCCAUUUCACCAAUUCCAGCGCCAGUUGAGGUGCGAUAAUCAUGCGCUUUUUUGAAUGUACUUUUUAGGUGGCGUACCUUCCACCGCACAAGUCCCACGUGGCUUCGAUUCCCUUAACCACAAUGCAUUUUUUGUAAAAAAAAUUGUGCUGUUGGAGCCUAAUAAAAGCAAAUAAGUAAGCAUUUAUACAUUCCAAACUUCUUAAAAUGUUUACCUUAAUUUCAUCUGCUUCCUCCAAAAAAUCCAGAAGCUUG